CGGAGUGGCACCAGUUCCUGGGAGGAACUGUGAAUUCCAUCCCAUCAAUCAUCUUCAUUUCCUAUACGUUUUGAUGGAGCACUUUUCAAAAACUUUACCACCACUUUUUCUGGCCCCUUCUCUCUAUCAGAAGGGGACGAGAAGACAGGCAGGCACCCACUGCCAACAAACACCUCCGGCCGCCCCUUUGCAGGCACAGUCCAGACCGCAGUGCGUCCAAAGGGAUCCAAGGCGCGCCGGACCACUGCCAUGGAUUCGACGAAUCCCACGGCCUUUCACAGGCAGCAGCGGGACUGGCGCGGCCGGAGAGCCGGCAGCCCUGCCGCGGCCCGCACUCGCCGCGCCGGAGCCGCCUCCCCGCCGCCCGGGAAGCGGAACCGCGGCGCCCGGCCCGCGCUCCCAUUGGCCCGGCCCGCCCCCGCCGCCCUUCCCGCUCGGAGCCCGCCCGGGGACCGCUGUGCGCCCAGGGCGACGGCACGGGAGGGGACGCGGCAAGGGGAAGGGACGCGGGCGACGGCGGCGACAGCGGCGCUGCCACCGCCCGCCGGCAUCACGCGCGGCCGCCGCGCCCGGGGGCAGGAAGGGGGGCGCGCCACGUGACGGGGAGGUGCCCGCCCUCUUCCUCCUCCUCCUCCUCCUCCCCGCUCUUUCUUCCCCCGUCCCGCCCCGUUGGCUGUUGCCGUGGCGACACGGGAAGGAGGAGGCGGGGCCGCCGCCCCACCCCGGCCUCGCCGCAGCCCGUGAGCGCGGCCCCGCCGCCGGCAGCGCCGCCCAGGAGCCGCCGCGGCGGCCCGGAGCAUCCGCCGGGCGGGGAGCGGAGCGGAGGCGGCUGCGGCGGCGGGCGCAGGGCGGGGCGGCCGAUGGCGGGGGGGUGAGGAGGGGCCGUCGGCAGGUGCGGGUCGGGCGGGCGGUCCGCGCUGGCGGGAGGAUGCGCGAGUACAAGGUGGUGGUGCUGGGCUCGGGCGGGGUGGGGAAGUCGGCGCUCACGGUGCAGUUCGUGACCGGCACCUUCAUCGAGAAGUACGACCCCACCAUCGAGGACUUCUACCGCAAGGAGAUCGAGGUGGACGCCUCCCCCUCCGUCCUGGAGAUCCUGGACACGGCGGGCACUGAGCAGUUCGCCUCCAUGCGGGACCUCUACAUCAAGAACGGGCAGGGCUUCAUCCUCGUCUACAGCCUGGUCAACCAGCAGAGCUUCCAGGACAUCCGACCCAUGCGCGACCAGAUCAUCCGCGUCAAGAGGUGUUCUUUGGACUUUUAUUGAAAAAGCCAGUCUCAGAUGCAGUUAGAUUCUUGGUAGCUGACAUGCGUGUCACUCCCUACAAUGCCUGGAAGAGAGAAGAAUGAGUCACCUUCUACUGGGUUGAGGCUGCUGCAGUCCACUGUCAAAGUCCAAGUGAUAACGUGGAGUGAGUUCUCCCAUUGCUUUCUUCCUUUGGGUGCGGUUUUAGGUUUGGAGGGAGGGGAGUGGUGGUUGUCAGUGUGGUACCAGUUAAAAUCUGCUUGGAUUCUUUAGCAGAUGAGCUCCUCAGGAUGCAUGGAGGCUUUGGAGGUAGGAGAGGUUGGUUUCGUUAUUGUACCAAAUGUGCAGGAUGCAAGCUGGCACUCCUAGCAUCAGUCUUCUGAACAUGCAGUGCUCUGGAACAGAUGCCUUUUUAAAAAUAUUUUUCCACAAUGCCAGCCUUCUCUUUUUAUGCAUUUCAUUUAGAAAUAAAUGAGACCCGGCCCUUACAGGAAAAAACCACUCAGCUAUUUUGGGUCAUUGAAUCUGCUUUGUUCUAAGGUGUAUAAUACUAUUGCAGCAAACCACUCAAACUACCAAAUCAUAUAUGCAGAAUCUUUUCUCUUGAGAAACAGGCUUGGCCAUGGGUCAAAACACUUAAAAAGAAUGGAAGAGAAAUGGAAGUCAGUAUGUCCCCAUGAAGCAACAGCUGACCUUUCCUGAAAUAUUAUGAUCACCUGGACUAGGGGAGUCUUCUGGUGAUCAUUAACUAUAUGGAAUAUCAAUUUCGCAUUUUUGCAGUGAGUUCCUAAUCUAAAGAGACUAAGCAGUCCUGAGAAAUCACUGGGUGCCAGUCCUGGUACCUUUCUUUAUCUUGUACGUCCAAUCUUCUGUUGUUCCCUUGGGAUUUGUGAAUUUGCCUUCUUGUGUUUGUACUUACCUUCAGAGUGAUACAUCUUCAACAAAAAGAUUGAAGAAUAUUUUUCUGAACCUCUCUUGCAGUUGAGUGCUUAGAACAGUCUUCUGGGAAAAGCAGAUGUGAAACUCCUAUGACUAAAGGAGGUGUGUAGUGCACAUCUGUCACCUCAUUGAUCAGGGUUAUAAUCGCUGUACUAUGUUAAAUGUGAGAAACAGCAUUGACACCACUUGCUUUUAUUCCCACGGCUUUCUGUGGAAGCGAUAUCUGUUGUGGAUUUGUUGAAUAUGUUACUAUUGUUGUGUUAGUAGCCUCAGUAAGCAAUGUUUAGUGAAUUAGGCCUCUUGAGGGACUUGGCUGCUUGUGUAAAUCUGCAGAGACCAUAGGUGUGUGACCCCAUUUUGGUUCCAGUGUGUGGCUCAGCUGGGCUUGCACGGCUCUAGGCCCUCAGACAGAUACCUUGUUUUGACAAAAACUUUGGGUGGGUGCAGCCUUUCAAGAAAUUUAGUGGGGAGGGAGAAAUUUUGUGGAGCAGUCUCCUGGUCAUGGGUCUCUAAGUGCUUCUGGAGUCACAGUAUAUUUAUCUAUCUCAGUUUUGCUUUCAGACCCAGAAAUAUUUGUCAUCAGAAUGAGUAAAUCUCUCUACCUCCUUUUUCAUAUCAGUCUCAUUCUGUAUGUUUUGAGCAAUGAGUUUCUGAAUGCCUUUCCAUGACUUUCUUAGUAUAGACUAUGGAAUAGGCCACAGCCUUGAUGAUCAAAUCAUCCACAGCAUAGGCUUAACAAGUCUUGUACUUCAGAUCCCUUCCUUCUCUGGAAGGAGCUCUAUGCACAGCUUAUAUUAUAUUGCUGAUUAUAAAAUUUUAUUUGGAGUAGAAUCUGCUUAGGUGUCUGUGCUUAUACAAAUAACUAUUGAGUAUCAUCCCCUAGUCUGAGGGAUGAUAGACUCUUUCGUAGAAAGAAACUGGAGAAGAAGAUGAUAUCAGUAUAGCCUGUCAAGAGUUCACAGAGUUUUAAUGUUAAGUAUCAAACAGGAAGAAACUUGAUUAGUUUGCCUUCAUUCAGUAGCUCUUCUGUCUGUCCCUUAUUUUGGUUGUCUGCAGCCUCACUUAACAUCAGAAGCUGCAGAUACUCAGCAGUCUCCUUUCAUGCCAUCUGUUUCUCCAGUACUUGGUAUAGGUUAGCCAUGUGAGAGGAUCAGUAGCCUUGUGCUCCUUCAUGUUCUAGAAAAUUUAGGCGUGAUGACACAUUGUAGAAUUUCACUCAAAAUUCCUUAAAACUGGGGAGAAGCCAGGCUGCCUGCUGUGUGUGGCUAUUGUUUUGAUGGGAGUGGGGUUGAAGAGUCCUCAGCUGCCUUUAGAGAUAACAUAAUGGAUCAGCUGAUAAUUUUGCCUGGACUGCAUGAAUGGGUAUCUAUCUAAUGGUCUCACCUUUAGUCUGGCACCAUACACAAUGUAGUUGUCCCCUCUGGGAUUUUGUAAGCUCUGUUACUUAACAAAGUAUCGCUGUCAUGUUAUUUUGUUGUUGCAAAUUUCUGAGUCUGUUUUACUAUCUAGCAGUUUGUAGACAAACUUCUUGUAACUCUUUUAUUUCUCAUGCUAUCUCAUAACCAGAUCUCUUAGCAACCAAAAUCAGAAACUUGCUACCUGUCAGAUGGGUCUGUUAACAACGGUUGGCAAGGAAUUCUGUUCCUAUUAUCACUCUGAGUUCCAGUUUUUGCAUUGUGGGAAUGGUCCUGCUGCCACCCAGCCUUUUGCCCCAGAUUCUGCACUGACCAUAUAAUUGGAAGACUCGCUCCUCAUCUGUGUGAAGGUGGUCUUCAAGAAACACAAUGAGCAAAUGCAGUCCUUGGACUGGAGCUGCUGUUCCUUUCAUCUUUAUGAUUUACACUGUUGGUUACACCUGUAGUUGCCAAGAGCUCAACUACUGGGCUGCAGUGGUGGUUUGUAGACAGGACAUGUGAACAUUUAAUGGGAAGCAGGGCCCUUUCUCAAGUGAAGGAAGUGACAGGCUCUUGCAGAUGAUAUGAACCCUCCAUCACAAGACUGAACUGUAGCAGGUGUGCUCAAAGGGCCUACAUCUCUAAAAAUUGUAUCACAAGAAGCCGAACAUAAGCAUGGUGGUAGCUUGAUGGUGGAAAGGUGAUUUAUCCAGAGUGCUUCAUCUUGGGUACUUUAGUAACUCUUUGAACAAAUCCAUGCAAUUCAGGUUUUACCUACCAAAGUUUACAAUGUAACUAUGUAAUGGAAAGGAAAAAAAAAUAUACAGAAAGCUACCAUCGAAGUACUUGAACUUAAAAUGUCCAAAUUGCUCUGGAACAUAAGGAAGAGGGAAGGCAGGUGCUAUGAAUUGCAGGGUUUACUAAUGUGUCCCUAGGCUUGACAGGGGACACAUUGGAGAAAAAGAAACAACCCUGUGUUUACAAAGUUUUCACCUCUGGAAAAAUUUGCUGCAUUGUAGACUCUACAGUGGAAAGAAGUAUGAUUUUUGAAAAAAGAAAAUAUUUUAUUUCCAUGGCUUCUCAAGACUUUGGUCAUUCAGUGUAACUGCUGCAAUUUUUUGCAGGAUAUUGCCUUUUCUAUUUUUUUCUCACGACUUAUAUUUGGUAAAAAAUAAACAAAAAAAGAUAAAAGCAUAAUUUUUUAAAUGAGUCUAUUCAAGAAAGAAAACAAAUAACCUAAAGGUGUGAAAUCACACAUUGGGGAAUGUUGAAUUCUCCUCCAGAUGGUUUUUAGUCAGAAAUAGUGACUGCCAUCGUGGUAGCUUCAUCUGUCAGUGAGGGACAGUGGUGAGUUCAGCCUUGGAUGAAAGCUGAGAUGGCACACCUUGAAAGUCCAUCAUUACUUUAAAAUUAAGCAAUUGUAUUGCCAUCCUAGCUGGGAUAAUUAGUCUGGUAAUUGAAGUUUACAUUCCUCUCCAAGAAAUGAUCAAAACGCUUGCUUUGAAAGACUUUGUCUGUCAGCAAGAAAUGUGGUUAGAUUAAAAGGACUGGGAACAGUCUAGGCUUCACACCUCUGCACACACCUUCAGAUUAAUUGGAAUGGCCUUUCUGAAUAGGACAACUUAAUGUGGAAAAAAUAAUUAAAGAACUAUUUUCAGGAAAUUCUAGUUACCAAUUAGUGAUUCAAUGAAGAAGGUGUAAUGGACAUGGGGGUGUGUGUGCAGUACCUUUAAACAUAAUCUCUUUCUUAAAAGUAAACCUUGUUUUUCAAAUAUUUCAAUAUUUUUCUAAUAUUUUCUUACUGUUACUUUAGAGGGUUAAGUAUACAAAUUACCAUCCUUUCUGUACCUAAAAUGUGGCAAAUAGACAUGUAAAUAUUGGGGUAAUAUUUUGUUUCUUAGAAUAAAAUGAAGUACAUGGGUUUUUAAAUUAAGUUUGCUCAGAAAGAGAGACAGUUAAAAUGUAUGUAAAACAUGCACACAGAUAUAUGUAUAUAUGUACACAAGAAGUUUUCAGUCUUUUAGCCAUGUGGGGUCAGGACUCAGGAUAAAAGGAAAAAAUAGUGAAUGAAUUCUAUCAGCUUCUGCAGUCAUCUUCUGUUUAAAAAAAAUAAAAUAGGCUUUGUCUACAUGUAAAAAUUCUUUCACCAAAUUGCUUCUGAACAAAUUUGUAUAAACCAGUGUAAAGCCACAUUGUUUGUCUCAUACCUAAUUUGAGCAAUAUGAAAAUUGGGAUCCAUGCGGGAAUUUGCAGCAUUUUAAAGAAGUUUCUUUGGCUGACCUGGCUUUUUUGUGUUUCUCUCUGAAAAAAAAAAAAAAAAAUGUCAGUAAGAAACAUAGGCACCGAUUUCAUUCUAUUUCCCUCUCUCACACACACUUGUGCACGGUUUGCUUUUUCUGUCAGCAAGCGAGGCCUGUCCUCCCCAUCUCUGGGUGUCACCGGCCAUCGGCCGGCACACGGCCACCGGCAGAACGCCAGCGCGGAGCCGCUCCGCUGCCCAAGGGAUGCUGACAGCCAGAGCCCUGGGCUCUGACCCCGGCACUGCUGACACAGCUUUGGCACAGCCGAGGUGCCCACGUCCCCAGAGAUGCAGCAGCGUGGUGGUGGUGGAGUCCCAGGGGCCAGCCCUGCUGGUAGGGUCAACAGGUACAAGAUAAAACAGUCUGCAGGCUUGACUGGCUGCCACAGAGUGUCUUCCUGGACAAUAAAAUGACUGUCAGACAGGUUAGUAAAACUCUUCUGGGAAAGAGGAGCUUUUUAUAACCUAGAGUAGACCCAAGGAAAUUAACAUUUAUACAGUAGUUAAAAUAUAAAUAGCUCGACAUCUGAGAUGAUGACUAUAUCUGAGUUCCUCAUUCUAGAUGGCUUCAUUUUGAUAGUUAAUCAAAUAUUAGACUUGAGAUAUUCAUACACACAUCUAUGUAUGUGAGAAAAAGUAAAAUGUUUAGAUUUUGCUGUUUUACCAGGUACCCUGUAUUUAAUGUCAUCUUAUAAACAAUUUCUUACUAAGAAAUGUCUGGAUAUUCAAAUGGAUUAUAUUCACAACACUGAUUCAGAAUGAAGUAGUCUGUUGUUUUUCUUUAAUUGGUACCCAUCCUAUUGUAGAAAGAAUGAAAAAAUCUCCUAAGAAAAUUAUUUCUGAAGUUUGUGCUCAAGAUAAAAGGGAGGUUAUCAAGAAAUUGUUCUCUAUAUUUAUCUUUAUUCCACUUAAAGGUAGUAUGUUGAGAGGCAGUAUUUUUUAUUGAAGAUGAACCAGAAUUGAUUUUAAUAAGAACAAACAAGUAAACAAUCAAAAAAUCUUGACAAUUCUGAAGCUCUCAUUUUGGUCUGUUCAUCUUUAGAUAUGGAAACAGUUUCACUUAACAAGAUUAUAUACACUUUUUGGAUACAAGUUCUGGAGAUAAAAAGUUGAGAUGUUGAAGAUGGAGCUGACUUCUUAAACCUGUGGAGAAUAAAACCUUUUUGGUGCUCUGUUUAUGGUAAUAUGGUAAUUAGAUAAAUUGUUCUGUGAGGUAAGGGCCACCAACUUUCUGAAGUCAUGGCAGAAUGGUUUUGCUUGCCAAGUUGAAAAUAAAAUGUUCUAGUAGAAACUUGGCAGGAGUGAAGAGGUUUUCCAAGCAUCUGCUCCUGAUACUAGUCAAGGCCUUGGAUUUUUACUUUGUUGGUAGAGGGGUGUUUGACUAUGGUCAAAAGGAACUGGAAUAAGAAUACUAUUUCUGCAGUAAAAGAGAAAAUGCAUUUAUACUGUUUUGUCCUGAAUUGGUUCACUGUAUCAGUGUGGUCACUUGCUUAGAGUUUCUGUAAAGUAGUGCAUCUUCUGAAAAGUAUCCAGAGUUCCGCCUUAAUUGUACCAUUGUGAGGAAGAUCUGUCUCAACAGAGCCUUUUUGCAAAGUUUUUUUGUGUGCAUUGUAGGAUAUUUUUAUUAGCUUGAAGGACAUUAAGCUGUAUUCUUCUUUAGUUUCUAGGGCAACGAAAGUCUCUGCUUUGAACUAGACGCACAGAUUUUUUUCAGGCUAUGCAGUAUAAUAAAAACUCUGGUGUCUACCUGCCUUAGCUUCUACUUAGGGACUGAUGAAAGAGCACAAGUUCAGGCCAGGUUGUUUGCCAAUUAGCCCUGUUAUUUUUGUUUUACUUUUUCUUAAGUUUUAGUGACCUGCAGCUAGGUUCAUUGCAAACAGUCAAAUUCUUUGAAAAGCAAAUAAAUAAAAGUCUCUGUGGAACUGCAGUUUGUAUCAGUAUGUAAUGCUCAAUUCUGCAGACUAGAUUGUGGCAUUCAAAUUGUCAGAGGGCAGUUUUGUGACCAAGGCUUGCAUUUCAGGGGCCAGAUCUGGGUAAUGCCGAAAGUCAGGAGCACAGACUUUUUGGAGUAAAAGGUUCUUACCUCGAAAUGGAAGAGAAACUGUUUCUUUCCCUAUGGUUCUGACUGGACAGGACAACAUGAUUGCUCCUGAACUCUAAUCCUUUGGAAGUGGGUGAUGCUACUAAGAAGGUUUUGAAUUAAGUGUUAGGCCUAUUCUUGAAGACUGUAAAAGUGUAAUUUUAAUGAGCUAGAGAAAAUCCUAUUAGAAUAGUUUAAACAAGUUUUGCAGUGGAAUUUUUAUCAGUGAUUAUUAAUUGGUUAAAAUAAUAUAAGAAUGUGUUGGCUUUGAAGAGUGAACUAAUAAUUUAGAGAACUAUAGUCUUCUGGCCCUUUUAAAAUGCAUAUGAAUUUCACUACUUUUUCCUAUUUUUAUUUUAUGUAUCCACUAAAAAGUUUCAGUUUUUAUAAUUUAAAUAAACAAGGAUAAAGAGUUUGAAGUUGUCAUUAACUUAUGCUUGAGCUUUAGUUAAUUCUGCAAAAUCUGGUUAGUUCAUUUUGCUUUCAAAAUUCUAAGAUAUAUGUCUAUCUCAAGGCCUGUAAGUAUGAUUAUCACUUCCUCUACAUAAAUGAAUAGCUAUAAAUAUUUGUAUAACUUUGUCAUUUGUUUCUCAGCCCACUUUCUUUGUAAACAAGUAUUAUGCAUCUCAGUUGUCCGCUUGUCUUGUCUUCCUCUGUUACCUGCCAGUUAAGUUUUGAAUUCUGCAGCACAGUUAACCUAAAUUAAAUAUUAAGACAAAUUCCCAAAGAGAUCAUGGAAGGCCUGUCCUUGGAAGUUUUCAAGACUGAGCUGUGCAUGGCCCUGAGGAAGCUGGUUGAGAUUUCCUGGCUGACCUUGCUCUGAGCAGGGGGUUGGACUGGAGAAUUCCCAAGGUCCCUUCCUGCCCAGAUCAACAUCUGGAACAAAUUAGAAAUCUAAAUAAUGAUUAAGUUCUGUCAGAAUUCUUGGUGGGAAAGACACACUGUUGCUGCUGUAGUUAUGGAGGAAACUGGCACAUGCUUAAUCCUAUUUAUGGACUGGGGAAUGGUGAGGAGAAAAGUUGUAGGAAGAGCUUUAGAUAGCAGCAUUGAUAGACUCUGUAAGAAACUAGACCUGCCAUUGUACUCAUAAAUUACUUUACAGACUCUGCACUUUAUAGAAAGUCUGGAUGCUGUUUCAGCUUUUCCAGGAGGAUUGUUAACAGUAUUUUAUUGUAAAGAUUUUUUUUUUUUUUUAGCCUGGCAUAGACUUUGAUAUAUCUGAAUUGGUACAAAGCUCUUUGGUGACUUUCUUUCUCCUCCCUCACCUUUGUUGAUGCUUGCUUGUACAGGAAGUUUACAGUAUAUUUUAAAAUAUUACAGUAGAUAUUACAGCACAUCAAGAUAUGCUUCUAAGAGAAAUUUCUUCUGACAAAGUAUGUAUUGAUAGAUUAAUGUAUUUUAGGGUCACUGUUGUUUGAACACAGCAAUGUAAUAACUUUAGAACAAUUGGAAUCCAUAGAUUUGUAUGAUGUGUAAGAGGCUUGCAUGGCUUUUAACAAAUAUCUGCAUUUUUAAUUGCCUUUGUAAAGGCACCUAUUCAGUCCCACAUCACCAGAAUAGACAGGUUUUAUGACCUGGUAGAGUUUUGUACAGAGGAGCAAGGAAGAGGAGAAAUCCCUCAAUGUCGGCAUAUGUUUAAAGGUAUUGUGAGCCUUUGCAGUUUCUGCUCAAAUUGGUGGUGUUGAAGUGAGAUAACAACUUUGACUUUGACCCCAAAGCUGCUGUUCUUGCUUCAAGGCACACCUAAUCCACCAGCUUUAUUCUUUCUGCUGACAGCUUUGAUGUUGGCAUGGAAUCUGCCCUAACAUUCCUAAUACUUGUAAAGAAAUCACGAAAAUUUGUGGUGUUACAUAGCUUACUGCAGAGAAUAGUUGGGGUGCAGGGUGCUUUUUCAGUUGAAGAGCUAGCAAAACUGCUACUGCAUGCUUCGAGAUGUUCAGAUUGCCUCCAUCACUAAGGAUGGAAGACCUCAGAACUGUUUAUGUGUCAUAGGCAAUAGAGGUUAAAGCUGACAGCUCUUUUCUUCAGAUGGAGAGCAGAGGUACAGAGUUCAGGGGACUUGCUAGAAAUUGCACAGGUGGUCUGUAAGAGGGUGUGAAACUGAACCCACAUCUCUUAAAUCACAUGUCAGCAUUCCUCUUGCUUGAUGCUUAAUGUUUUUGCUCUCAGACAUUGAGAAUAAGAUUUAAUUAAAAGUAGUUAUGUCUGAAAAAAGUUGUCAUUUAAAAGAAAUGGGUUUUUUUUUGAGACUUUAGUAUACAAAUAAAAGAUAGAUGGUAGUCUCUUUAAUUUUAGAAUCUUCUAUAUGUUGCACAUUUGGUAGGUACUGAAAGCUUUGACAUAUCCAGUCAUGCUCAUUGUAUUGGAAUAAACAUUAGUAUAUUAGCAUGGAUAUGUCUUAAAAAUAUUCAGGGUAAGAAAACUAAUGUGGUUAUUAAGAAUAAUUUUCAAUUAUGAAUGCCAAGCUUAAAUAUUGAAAUGUGAGGCCUAAUUUUCAGGAUGUUGGGCUAUUCCUACAGCUAGUAGCAGUAAUUUAAAAAAAAAAAAAAGUAGGUACUCAGCUUUAAUGUCUGAAAUUUUUUUUGAGCAAGAACUUUUUUGUAUUUAAGCAACUAUAACAUGCCUCAUAAUCUGUUAAUAGUUUUCUUGACAAUUAGACGUCUUUCAGUAUGAACCGAGUAGAGAGACAGGAGCUAGAUGAAAUUGGUGCAGCUGUGAGAAUCUCAGAUUUUUAGGACAUUCUGAUUUUCUUGUUGCUUUUAGAAACAAGGGAAUUAGUCACAAUGGAAACAGUCAGGUACAACAUUUGCUUUGUAUUUACUUGUGGUUAUUGCUUCUUAAGCUAAACCAAGGAACAGAAAAUUCCCAUUUGAAAAUUGCAGUGUUUCUGAGUUGCUAAAUGUGCCAGGCAUUUCAGGAUUUCAAUAAGAUGAUGUUGAUGCUCAGUUGUGAAGAUGAGGAUUUUGACUGGCAUAGGGAGGGAACUCGAGGAUUAAAAUCUUGUUUGGAUAUGCUCCCAGCAAACAUGCUGCUAAGAAGGUAGAUUUUAUAUAUCCCUUAGAGUCUUUUCAGUCUUGAUAAUAGACUUCAGUGUUAGCUUUGAAUUUUAAUGAUAGAUACUAGGAAGAAGUGUCCUUUUUAAGGUGAAAAAUAACCUCUUGUUUGUGAAGACUUUAGAGCGUCUGAAAUGGCAGUAGAUGAGAACUGAAGCUACUUGUGUGAUUGGCUCCUUGUCAUCCCCAGCACUCAGAAAGCUUUUUCCUUCACCUGUGCCGGAGCCUUACUUUGAGGGGAACAGACAGUGUCAUGGGAUGUAGUUUAGACAUCCAUGGAGUUCUGCAAGCUUACUGAGAAAAUGUCUUCCUAACAUCUUAAUGAUCAGGGAUAUUUUUUGGGGACUUACUUUAGUGACUAGCGAGCCCUCAAGACAUGUUGAUAGACCUUUGAAUUUUCAGAUGCUCUUGACAUUUUAGCUUAAAAAGCUGGAGGGAGAGCCAAAAGUAGGCUCUAUAUGUAGUGACUUGCAGAAGCAGUCUGAAAACAUGGAAGGAGUUUAUUGUUAUUCUAGGUCUAUUCUUCUAGUUCUCUAUGGAAUCUUAGUUGCAGAAAAUCCUCUGUCGAUAAGAAUUUUUCUCUGAAGUGAAUGAAAAGACCUGUAAAGAUCUUUGGUGUCCUUCAUACAGAGAUGAUGUGCAUCAUUCUGUUGCAGCAAGGUAAUGUAGGUUUACUGCAUGGCCUUUGACUAUGUGUUGGGUUGUACAAUCCAUGGUUCUAGUCCCUUGGAAGGUCUCAGCUGUAAGCUGCCUAGGAAUAAUGUGUGCAAGUGCUUUGGUUGAAAAGUGCUUAUUGUGAGAGCUGGGAAGCAGAUAUUUAUAGUGCUUCUGUAUACUGUGGUUGGUUGUUGUCUCUCGGGCUUUUGCUUGGAACUAUUUCCUCUAAUUUCUUACAAGCACAGCACCAAAGUGAAGCCAUCUCUUAACACCCACAGAACUGAAUUGGCUUUAAGGUAUUUUAUUUGAGAGGAUUAUUUCCAGAAAGUUUCAUGUACAAGAACAAAGUUUCUGAAGCCUCCUCAAAAGUGAUAUGAUGUGGUGUUAUUUAUUAUUCUAAUAUUAUCCUCCCAAGUUGUUUUGCAAUUAUUAUUUAAUUUGCUGUCCUAUGAGUAAGUACAAUUAUCAUGACUUUUAUAUACCUCAAUCUAUCCAUCUGAAGAGUUUUUUUCCCCAAAGGCUAUGUAAGGAGUUCAUGUCAAAUCCUAGAAUAAAAUGUUAGAUCCCAGUCCUGCAAUUAGGCCAUACACUGUUCUUUAUAGCAAACUGAUUCGUGACUCAGCCACCUAAUUGCAGUGGGACUUCCAAUAAACUCUUUAACAUCUACUCAUUUAUAAAAAUUAUUUUAAGACUGUUUUUUUAGUUGGGAGUUAUUGCUUAAGAAAUUAAAUCACUACACAAUAUAACUUAUAAUACUGAAUAUUAAAUGCAAUUAAUUAGUAAACUGGAAUGACUUGUUUGCAACAGAAUCGUGGGAGUUUUACAGCUGUUCUGUGUGGUUUUGCCUGAGAAGCUGUAAUAAUUUCCAUUAGAGGGAAAAGUGCUCAAACUUUGCAGAAAUUUUGUUUAGAUUUGAGUAUCUCUCUGACACAUUUAUACAUAUAUACAGGUAUUGAUACAUCUUUAUUGGUGUUCUAUUUGCAGGAGUCUAUGGAAACAUAAUUUUUCACAAUGGCCCCCUAAUAGCUGCAGUUUUUAAAACUACCAAAACACAAAGAAUAGGGGUUUGGUCUCUUCUGUCUGAGUGUCUUAAGAUAGUAAUAACUUCAGAAGUGUGUGUUUGUUGGUUUUUGGUUUUUUUUUUUCCUGCUGCUUUGGUUCAAGAAUUGGUAACUUCAAGAAAGGUUUAAGAUGGUAUUCUCCUUGAAAAUUCUGUGUUUUUUAUUGCUUCCUCUCAUCCUGGUGUUUGAGAGGCUCAGAAUCAGGCUGGGGAACACUCGGUGCCUUUUCUUGCCCUCUGUAGCUGAUGUGGGUUUUAACUAUCUAGGAUUCUGUAUUAAAUAUCCAAGUAAUUAUGUGAAAGGGAUUAGAAAAAUUCUUGACUGUUCCUCUAGAUGAGAAAACUGCUUGUUCAAGUUAUGAGAGAUUUUACUGAAGGCAAUCAAAGUUUGCAAGUUACAUUACAAAAGGAUAUUUAGUUAUAUUUAGUGUGAAUUUGUAAAUAACCUAAUAAAUUUAACUGUCAUUUCUGGUACUUUUUACCCGUAAUUCUUUUGCUGUGUAUUUUGGCAGGAUUCAUACCACAAAUUUUUUAAGUCUAAAAUGAAGAACAAUUUUUUUUAUUGACUUUUUGAUAUUAUUUGCAUCAUUUUCAACACUAAUCAAUUUAUCCCUUAAAUUAAUUUCCUUUUUGAAGUACUAUCAAAACUGACAGAAAUGCACUAAAAAAAAAAAAAAAAAAGAGAAAGAUGCCCUGUGUGUAGAAGGUAAUAAAGGAUUUUUAGUACUGGAGACUCCUUUGAUUAUUAGUAAUAGUUAUCCUGUAUAGAUACCUUUUGUAUUUCAGUGGUCUCAGUUUUUAUCAUAUAAAGCUGUAAUCAUGCAUCUUUCCAAAAACUCCAACAGGACUUAAACUUGUUAUAAAAAGUAGUCUUUAAGUAUUAUCUCGGUUUGUUUUUAUUACACAGAAUGAUUUGGUUGAAAAUAUUUGGGUCUGAUAUGAAGCUCAGGAAAAAAAAUCUUAGAAAAGAGACACCACUUCCAGAAUGUGAAAUUAGAAAACAGGAACCUCUUGGUACUUUUUUCUCUACUGACCAGUACAACUCACACACUCAUGCAGAGCGUAGGGGUACUGGGCAAAUUCUACUGCUGUUUAAAGGAAUCAGAUCAGUUUAUUAGCCUUGGGGUUUUUGUUUUUAAAUUCUUGCUGUUUCAAUCUUCAUUUUUUAUUAUAUUUUCACUGCACAUCAUCUUUGUUUUUAUCUUUAUCUGAUGACAGUUCUAACCAGAAAUCCAUGAAGUACCUUGUAAAAGAAGUCAGGUACACCCAUGUUUUUUUGGGUGUGAUUGGAGGUGGAAAAGCUGUGAGGAAAAAGUCUCUGAAGAUCGUUCUCAUACCUUUCACCUUGACACCUUCUAAAUGUUCUAAGCUAUUAUUCAAAGUGUACAUGGUAAUCUAAACAGAAAUGUUGGAUGUGUGUGCUGUGUGAGGUAAGAUAAAAUAUAGAAAUAUUUAUUGCUGUGUGACAUGUAAGGUGUGUGGUCAGUGGUGGAUAACUGGGCCACAUAAAACAUUUGAUGUUUGUGUAUUUAUUGAUUUCAUGUGGCUGUGGUGUCCAUCCUCAGGAAAACUGAGAGAUUUACUGUGGGCUAUUGGUCCCAGGUGUUCAUUGAAGGUGGGUAACAGGGUGGGCUUAGCACUGAAUUUAUCUAGAUCUGGGAAAUACAUUCUGAUUGUCUUUUAUGGGGCAAUGACUGUACCUUGCCAGUAGUGGAAACCCUAGAUAUGAUGGCAUUUGACUCUGCGCCUGUGUCUUUCAUAGGGCUAUAAAUGACUGCAGUCCUGCUACCUCUUCAAGAAUCACCCCUGCUCAGUAUCUGUCAUAUUGGACUUAAAGAUAAUGAGAUCAUUUAAACAGGGUGAAGUGCCUUGUUCUUAAAUCAUGUUCUGCAAACACAUGUAAUUGGUCUUGCAAAAAUUUGUUCCUGAAGAGGUCUUAAAAAGUCAAACCUUCCCCUGCUACAUUUGAGAGUGUUUCGUACAGGCUCUGCUAUAUUUGCCCCAGAAUACAUACUGUGCUGCUUUGAUACUGACAAAAGUAGCAGCAGUUCUUAUUUUCAGGUGGCCCUCAUGCUUUUCAUUCGGAAUGAUCAGUGCUGCUCAAAGCUUUUCAGCCAUACUGAGAAAAUUGGAUUUUCCUGCUCCAGAAAUGAACAGAACUGUGCCACUUUUCCAUUGCUAAGGGAACAGGCAGGGGCAGGUGGGCUGCAGCAAAAGAAAAAACUUCUGCCCAGCUCCCACUGUGGGCUGAGCUGCUCUCUCACAGACCCUGCGAUGGGAGCAGCAGCCUGGAUUCAGGACUUCAGUAUGGGUGGUGGGGUUUCAGCCUCAUUUACUCUGCUAAAAGUAUUUGUGAGCAAGUUAGAUCCUACUGGAGGAAGGAUUUGUGAAUUUCUGUGUUUGAUUUUUGUGGUUGUGUGGAAGGAUUCUGUGUUGCUGCUUAGACAUUGCAAGGUGGCUCUCUGUUUAUUUGUUUUUUCCUUUGUGAAGAACCUAUUUUUCUCUUGGGCCACUGAAAUUCAACAAGGUGAAAAGCCUGUGAAGAAGAGAUUCUCUUCUUCCCUUCAAGUUUCAUUAGAGUCAUAUGAUUCCCACACAUCUGAGAAACUGCCCUUCCCUUGGUGGGGCUGGGCUGCUGCACACCACCUGAGCGCUGGGUGUCCAACAUCUGGCUGGUCAAAGCUCUGAGUAUCAAGUUGAGUCUCCAGAUGCAGGCAGGAGUUGCCUCCAGUGAGAUCAGCAGCUGUAGUAAGAAAAGUAUUGAGCCAGGGAUCUCCGUUGUACUCAUCAGAAAAGAAAUUGCCCAGGAUACUAAGUGAGGCAGGAAAGCAUGGCAGUGUUGAGAGGUAAAGGGUGCAGAGCUAGCUUGAACUUCAGAGCUUGUAGAGUUUGAUUUAGGCAAGAGCUAGAUUUUCCACCAAGUGUUACCAGAACUCAAAACUGGAAAGUGCAAAGGCUCUUAGGACUCUGAAUGAAGAUACACAGUUCAUCAUCCUGUUGGUACUUGGGGAAUAUGAUACACAGAGGUCUGGUCUGACUCCCUCUACUCAGCUUGGGUCUGGCAGGACUGAUACUGAGCUGGAGCACUUAAGUCCAGCUCAUACCAGAGCCAGUAUUCUGCUCAGUAUCCAUGGACUGUUUUCCAUUAUUUGCUGUAUUUUGGGUAGUAGAUACUGAUUCUUCUGUGUAGAAAGAUCAAUUGUGUGUAUUUGUAUUAGACAGGCAUGAGUAUAUAUAAAAAUCUGAAAUACAUGUCACACAGGCUAUGUAUAUAUAUAAAAAGUGUAUUUUCUCUGUAAAAUUAACUACUCAAAAUCUAGGUAGUACAGGGAUGUAUUCUGCAAGAGAACUUUAUUUUUGCUAAGAAGACAUAAUGAGAGCUUUGCAGAAACAAAGCUUACACAUUUCAGUAUUGCAAAGUUAUUGGUUAUUGGGUGAAUCUGAAUUAUAAGGUGAAUAAGGCUAUUGACUGUAGGAUCUCAUUUUAGGUGGUGAAGGUAGGUAGUGAAUUGGGUAAAUGCAACAAGAAAAGCACUACAGAAAAUUGCUUCUAUCAGUUCCACCUAAUAGUUCCUAGAUGGUCCUGUGCAAAUAAAUUAAAUUAGGCUUUUCACAUCUUUUCUGUCAGCUCAUCAGUUCUUUCUGUUCUUCAGUACAAAACAUCAGGGUUUCCACUGCUCCAUUUCCCAGGUGCUGAGUACUCAUAGCAUACAGACACUCAGAUAUUUAGUUGCCCAGCUUUUAUAGCUUUUAAGCACUUGAAUGUUUCAGUGGAACUGACUGUAAGUCUGCAACAAGUGCGUAUGUUUUUCCUUCUAUGUUUCUCAAGAAUUUGAGUGAUGUCACAAAACUCAGAGAGGUGAUCUUGUGUUUUAAUUCUGGCUCAUCUAUUUCUUCACUGGGCAUUUCUCAAGCACCUGCUCUGAAUUUCUCAGUUUUACCAGAGGGCAAGCCAGUGGAGAGUGAGAGGAAGUUCAGGGCCUUCAGAAAUCAAGACAUUCAGUGAAGGGGGUACCUGAUUCCAUUUCCACUGAAGGAUUUUUUUUAAUGCUGUAUAGCAAAUACAAUAGGACCCGUGCAUCUGAACAAUAAAGAUAAGACAGCAAUUCAGUGUUUCUUUUUAUCUGUAGAAUGCCAUCCAUCUUAUGUAAUUAAAGACUAUGCUAUCUCGUGUUUAAAUGCAGGAGGACAGAUUUCAAGAUGCUUGUGUGUAUUUUGGUACUUUAUUAAUGGCAGCUUAGCUCUUGCAAGAGUUCCAAAGAUAUCAUUGUGCUAAACACUUAUCCACGGAGUAAGAAAUGGAUUGUGUCUCUCCACAUGGUAAAUGAAGGCAGGAUAAAUGGUAAAAGUGAGGGGAAUUCUCUGUAAUUAUUGAUGACAGCCUGGACUAUGGGUUAAAGGACCUUCCCUUAGUAAGCAAAGAGGCAUAACAAAAUUUAGAAUUUCAGCCACAUCUUGUGACAUAUUUGGACAAAUUUUUUGUACUAGUCUGGUGAUGUAAGAGUUGCUGAUGUGAUUUGAGACAUUAUUGGCCUUUUAUCCUUUCAGACUUGGGGGAGCCUGCUGUCCCUGCAGCAGAAGCAACAGGAGCACACAGGGUACCUGUUCCAGUGCAGAGUGGGGAUGGAGAGGGAAACACACUGUUCCCCUCAACCAGAUGAGGCAGAUGCACCAGCUCUGCUCUGCUGCCUUGCCUGGCAGGCAGAGGGGAUGGGUGGGAGGGAUGGAGAAGGUGACUUAAGGAGGUUGUCAUCUUCACCUGCUGCAGGUGUCAGCUGCGUCUUUUGUCUGGCCACAGUUCAGUCUUACUUCAGCGAUUCCACUCAAUGCAAUACUACUGAGAAAAUCAGGUUUAAGUUAAGAAGGUACCAUCUUGCUUCUCUUAGGUCUGGUUUGAGUGCUGAAAAGUGGUUUUUCUCUCAGUCCUAGUUGCUUUUGUGAGAAAACCUGUGAAGAGGAUUUUGGAAAUAGGCCCAGUGUUUUCUUCUCUCUUUUCUUUUCUGUGGCAAAUAUGUAAAUUUGAAGCCUGAUGGAACACUUAGUUUCAUGUCUGAAGAAAGGUUUAUGAAUGCGAGGAUGGGGAAAAAAAAAGGCAGGCAUUUCAAUUUUGUAAAAAAAUUUGGCAAGGAUCCUUUCACAAGGAGGUGCAAAGUAAAGAAUUCCUUCAUAGCAGCAUGAUCUGUUGUGCUGUCCAAGUUGAUUAUGAAGCAGAACUGUGAUAGUAUUGCCUGGAACUUAAUUGUGAUUUUUUUUUUUGUCUCUUUGACAUGUUUAACUGGCAUAAUGAUGUGAAUGCUGCAAGGGAGAGAUACACAUUCUGUAUUAUCUAAUGCGUAUUUUUAUGUAACAGUACUUAUGUGUGUAUGCAGUACUUGAAGUGGACUACAUUUCCUAAAAUUUGGAAUUAAUUUACUGGCCUUUUAGUUGUGUCUUAUUUAUUGCUAUAUUCAGAGAGUUCUGUGUAUAUUGACCAAAGGUAAAUGUGCUCUUGAAAGGGAGAGUGUUGCAUCGUUAUCCCUAGCAGGAGAUACAAAAUACCUCUUCAGGGAGAAGGAGGGUGUAAUGUUGAAGGGAGGGUUUGAUGUCCAUCGUGUUCUUACACAUGGAGAUUGCAAACAGAGAAAAUAGUAUUAUGUUCCUCAUUUUUGUAGUGUGAAAGUGUUCCUGGCAUGUUUCCUGGAGGGAAAGAAAAAUCGAGGAGGAAGAUUUUUGUAGAACUCUGAAAGCUCUGAGGGGAACAAGAUGUGCAACAAAUUGCUAGGAUGUGAAAUACACUUUUUUCAAAUGUAAAAUUUUAAGAUCAUUCAAAUGUCUCUUUCCUGUUGGGCCUGUACUGUUUGCAAAUAGAUUUUUUUUUCUUCUUUUUUUUUUUCUUGAAGAAUGUUGCCAUUUUAAAAAAUUUAAUUCUUGUUGUUUUUGUUUUUCAA